AAUCCAUUCUACAUCUGAGGUUUUGAUUUUUCUGAACGUGCUUUCGUGUGAGGGUGAGGUUCUGACUUUGGGUUGUCUUGAGUCGUUGAAUAUUCGAAGAUAGAUCAUCACCAGGUACGACAUUUCUGCUUUAUGGUUCUGAGCUGGGGUUUUAAGUUUUGAUGAUAGCGUUGAUUCACAGGGAGUUGAUAAUCGAUGUCUUCUUCGAGUGGAAAUUACUCAGGUUCAUGUGGGCAUUUGUGUACAUAUGAGACUUGUGUGCUGAGAACAAGUCUGACAGUGGAUAAUUUUGGGAGAAGGUUUCUGGGUUGUAGCCGAUAUAAGAUUGGUCCCAAGUGCCCUUUCUUUAGAUGGAUUGAUAAUCCCACUUGUGUGCGUGGGAAUGAAGCUGCCCAUUUGGUGCAACAAAAGCUGGAUUUACUGCGGAGUGAGCUGCAACUUGCAUGUGAAAAGGAAAGAGAAGCUACCCAGGUAGCAGCAGAAGCUACCCAAAUGGCAGAAAUUGCUCAAGACAGGGCAGCAAAAGCCAUUGAGAGGGAGAGAAAGUUUCGAGCUUCCUCUGUUCAAGCCAAGGAGAUAGCAGUGAGAGCUUUAAAGCAAGAGAGAAAGUGCAGAAUUGCACUAAUUCUGUCAUGGUUUUUUUUUUGUUUUGGUUAUGUUGUUUUCAUGUUUUGGCUCAAGUGAAAAUGUUGGAAUGAUGAGAUUGAGUCUGCCUGAUGGGUUGUAAUAUAAGCUGGUCCUCAAUUGUAUUGUAAUAGAACUAUGAAAGAA